AUGGCCACAACUACCACAACAACUACAACCACAACCACCACAACCACCACGACGACAACCACCACCACCACGACAGUUCCGACCACCACUACGACCACCACAACGACAGUGCCGACCACCACCACCACCACCACAACGACAGUGCCGACCACCACCACCACCACCACCACGACAGUGCCGACCACCACCAAAAUGACCACAACCACAACAACCACAAUGGCCACAACUACCACAACAACUACAACCACAACCACCACAACGACCACAACCACCACGACGACAACCACCACAACGACCACAGUGCCUACCACCACUACCACAACCACAACAACGACAACGACCACAGUGCCUACCACAGACACAACGAUGACCACGGUGACUACUGAGGUCAUAGAGGAGGAGACCACGGUGCCUGAGGUUGUCCGCCAGAGCCCGGCCCCCAGCAAUCCUCUCUUGUACCCCACACUCAUCCCAUCCCUGGUUGUGAUCCCACUGCUGAUUGUCUGCAUCUGCUGCUACAAGAGGGUUGUCCAAGAGCCACCACCAGCCCAGAAACCAGAAAGGCCGUGCCCUGUACACAAAUGUACCACAGUGAUUGUCCCCUACUGUGAGUGCGAGGAAGACAGUAUAAGACGGAUGGAGGGAAAACUGAACACCUUGUGCGCCUUGGUUCAGUGCUGCAGCCAGAUGCCACUGAUGUGGUAUCAGCCCAGGGACAUGAGAAGAUUCCUUUCCAUCUAGACUUUGAAGACCCAGUCAAGUUUUCCUUUGACACUAAUGUUUGUGAGGACUAUCAACAAUCAAGGCUCCACUGUGAAAAUGUCAGAACACAUUGUGAAAAUGUCAGCAUGAGGCUGAAGCAUCAACCUGGACCACAGA